GGGGCUCUGGGAGAUUGGAAUGGAAAGGGAUGGCAAGACUAGAAGCCAGCGGAAGCUGGUGAUGGAGGACAGAUGUAAGGAUCAGACACUGGGGAAAAUGGUCACCAGGACUGGGGACCCAGAUCCCUACAUGGUAGAGUGGUUAGAGAAGGCUCAGGAUGUCAACAGAAGCCAGAGAAGGAGAAGGAAGAGAAGCGAUGGGGUGCCCAGGGAAGAGACAAAGAGGCUGGCUCCUGGUAACCACUUCCACGUGGGAAGCCCUGCAUUCUGAAGCGCCUGCCUGUUCUUUCCCGUCUCUCAGGGAGUGGCUGGUGGGCUAGUCCAGGGGACCUUGAGCUCAGGGUCUGGGGCUGCUGUAAGAGAAGGAGGGUGAGGACUUCGUGUGUGCGUGUGUGAGUGGGGUGGCAGCCUCCUUGGGGUGGGCACCUGGGCUGGCUCAGUGCUGCCAUUUAUAUCUCCAAGCCCCGACGUCGGAUCCUGCCGCCCCACAGUAGCUGCUUAUUUUGGGGUGUUACAUUCUGGCAGAGUGAGAAGCUGUUUGCAGCAGCUUCAGAACCUCCAGUCACCUGCAUCAGUGCCUCCCCAGGCCCCUGCGUCACUGGUCCUGCCUCAGCCUGCCUACUGCUGACACUCCUGGGCCUCCCUCCUGUGACUCCCAGCUGCCCUAUGCUCUGCACCUGCUACUCAUCCCCACCCACGGUGAGCUGCCAGGCCAACAACUUCUCUUCAGUGCCGCUGUCCCUGCCACCCAGCACCCAGCGACUUUUCCUGCAGAACAACCUCAUUCGCUCCCUGCGGCCAGGCACCUUUGGCCCCAACCUGCUCACCCUGUGGCUCUUCUCCAACAACCUCUCUACCAUCUACCCCGGCACCUUCCGCCACCUGCAGGCCCUAGAGGAACUGGACCUUGGUGACAAUCGGCACCUUCGCUCCCUGGAGCCCGAUACCUUCCAGGGCCUGGAGCGGCUGCAGUCGUUACAUCUCUACCGCUGCCAGCUCAGCAGCCUGCCUGGCAACAUUUUCCGAGGCCUGGUCAGCCUACAGUACCUCUACCUCCAGGAGAACAGCCUGCUCCACCUACAGGAUGACUUGUUCGCGGACCUGGCCAACCUGAGCCACCUCUUCCUCCACGGGAACCGCCUGCGGCUGCUCACGGAGCACGUGUUCCGCGGCCUGGGCAGCCUGGACCGGCUGCUGCUGCACGGGAACCGGCUGCAGGGCGUGCACCGCGCGGCCUUCCGCGGCCUCAGCCGCCUCACCAUCCUCUACUUGUUCAACAACAGCCUGGCCUCGCUGCCGGGCGAGGCGCUGGCCGAUCUGCCGGCUCUCGAGUUCCUGCGGCUCAACGCCAACCCCUGGGCGUGCGACUGCCGCGCUCGGCCGCUCUGGGCCUGGUUCCAGCACGCGCGGGUGUCCAGCUCCGACGUGACCUGCGCCACCCCGCCCGAGCGCCAGGGCCGGGACCUGCGCGCGCUGCGCGAGGCCGAUUUCCAAUCGUGCCCGCCGCCCACGCCCACGCGGCCGGGCAGCCGCGCGCGUGGCAACAGCUCCUCCAACCACCUGUACGGCGUGGCCGAGGCGGGCGCGCCCCCCGCGGACCCGUCCACGCUCUACCGAGACCUGCCCGCCGAGGACUCGAGGGGGCGUCAGGGCGGGGACGCGCCCACCGAGGACGACUACUGGGGUGGCUACGGCGGCGAGGACCAGCGGGGCGAGCAGACGUGUCCCGGGGCCGCGUGCCAGGCGCCCGCAGACUCGCGUGGCCCCGCGCUCUCGGCCGGGCUGUGCACCCCUCUGCUCUGCCUCUUGCUCCUGGCGCCCCAUCACCUCUGACUGCGGUGCUCAGACGGAAGAGGCCACGGCCUUCGCCCCGCUCCCCCUUCUCCGCCCCCCACCGAGCUGCAGCUCCGUCCUCGCCCCUUGUUUGCGGCCCGGCCUGGCGCCUUCCCUAGGCCCCCUCGCUCCUUUCCUUCCCCGGGACCACGCUGCCUCAUUUGCCUUCUGGGCUGUUCUGACUUACGUAUGGCAGCCCCUAAGGCGGUGUAUAAGGUGGCUCGGCCCCAUUCGCCCUGAUUCUAGCCACUAACUCUUGUUCCCCAAUCCCAAGGCUGGGGCGGGGCACCCCAGGCAGCCGAUGCUCCUCUCUCCAGGGCCCCACAGUGGACUGGAGGGGCUUUUGUCUGUAGAGCACCUUCCACCAGCAGAGCCUUUGAAAGCUCCCCCGGGAGCCUCCCUUCCUCCCCCGGACCUUGGGAGGGAUGCCUCAGCAAGGCCCAGGCUGCCCCUGGACCCUGCUUGUCCUGAUCCCUUUAGCCUCCUGACACCCGGAGGAAUACUUUUCUCCUAAGUCUACCCAGAACACUUUUUAGGGUGCCUGGAGAGUAGUUUCCUCUCCACCAUGGCCCCUGUGUGGUGAAGAUCAAAAGAAGUUGUUUGGGGGAAAAUUUAUUAAAAAAUUCUAUUAUUUUA